AUGAAUUGGGCAAUUAUUGCUAGGGAAGAUCGUCUCUACAAGGGCAAGACUUUGUAUAGAUGGGAUGUCUCGCCUGGCUUAGGUAUGAAAUUCCAUGAUCUAUGUUCAUUUGAGGCUAUAUUAACCGUUUUAAGAGCAUCAUUGCGGAACAUGUGCAAUGCCACUUCACAUUGUAAUACCUCUGAUGAGAUGCACCACUCUCGGCACAAGGAGAUCCUGAACAUUAUUCGAGAUAUCAACAUGUUUGACCAAGAGAAUCAAUCUCUUGGUUCUCAAAUGAUGAAAAGAAAGGAUGGACCAGAGAAGAAACGGACAGACUCCGAGACCACUUCCGAGGCAACGGAUGCCAUCUCUGAGAUUAGUUUCGAGGAAGAGAGUUUGACAAGGCGAGAAAGGAAAAAGGCAAAGAAGUUGGGUGCAAGAACUAGAAGAAAUGUUGAUGUUUAUAGUCAAGAUGAGAUCAACAGCAUCAGCGAGGCAUUGCACGGACAAAUACAUGAAAGCAAAGGUGCUUGGGAAGGGACCUAUGCUUAUGACAAUCGACGUGCCGAUGCUUCGCUUACAAACAAUGAUGUGGUCGAGGAAGAAGAUGAGGAGUAUGAUGUGUAUGCGGUUCAGUCCCCUCAUCCAGCCUCCAACAAAGAAUACAAGGUCCCCAAUUAUCCGACUCCAAAGCAACAAAAGGCGGCUAGAAAGCUUACAACUACAACUAAUUUGAGGCAAUCCAAGCUUCGUGGUCACCAGCAAAAGUUCACGCCAGAAAUGGCUCACAAGAAUGACCCAUACGGGGGCAUUGAUCCGGCCAUAAUGUACCGUCUUGGCAUUGACGUUAAUCCACUUUCUAGUCCAAAAACCAGGAAAGAAUUGAUAGGAAAGCUCAUCAUUGCAGUCAAGAACGAUCUACAGGUCAUCAAACGAGAAGAAGAGGAGGCUGUGAUCAGGGAGGAAGGUUUCUGGAGAUGGGCCGGGCGAAAUGCCUUUCGAAAUAUCCUCGAAUACCGAAAGACAUUUGAUUGGGCAACCGGUCAGAAGAUAACUGCGAUGAAAAGCGAAGCAGAGAUUUUUGGCGAUGAGUCGGUUGAUGGUCAGAUUGAUGAAGAUGAAGAGACACAUGGGAGCUACGGUAUUGCAGAUGGUAAAUGCGAGGUUAUUGUGGACGAGGUCAUACCUGCGGAUUCGAUGGCCGACAGGGAGAUUUUACAGGGAGCUGUAGGGGCCUUCGGAUCUGAAGUCAUCGCUAAGAAGUGUCCAAGAGUCAAGAAAGAGAUCCGAGUCUUGAAAAUCACCACGGCAUACGAGACGCAUCUCAAGCAGAAACCGAGACCAACCAAGAGUAUUUCAAAGAUGUCUUUUGGUAAAAAGAAACAGGUAUGGAAGUGCUUCGAAGCUCAGGGAUUUGUCGAUAAUUCCAUUGAAGACGAUGAUGAAAUGGCUCAAGAAGGUCUCGAUGAUCUUAUUCGCUUUAGAAACUCUGGUAUUAACAUUCCAGUGUCUUCUACAUGGGCGGCUGUGAAAUCUAUUGCGAAUAGGAAACUUAUGACUACCAUCGAAGACGAUGAGUGGACAAUGGUUACUAAGAAGGGGAGGAAGAAUUGA